AUGCCUCCAACACAGCCGUUAAGAAACAACCCCGGCGAUUUCCAAUGCAGCCGCUGCCAACGUACAUUCACCCGCGCCGACCACCUGUCGCGGCAUGUCCGGAUCCACACGCAAGAGAAGCCAUUUGCAUGUCUUCUGUGUCAAAAGAGUUUCAACAGAGCCGACAUGCUCAAGCGGCAUGCAUGCCUGCGGCGCGCGGCUGUCAACGAUAAACAGCUGGAGGAGCUGGCCGCCAGUCAGACGAAAAAUGUACGCGUAAGCCAAGCGUGUGUCACCUGCGCAGCCUCCAAGCUCAAAUGUAGCGAGGAGAAGCCGUGUGAACGAUGUAAGGACAGGGAAAUUGUGUGUCAGUUUCAGCAAAUUGGGGAUGGGACGAAAGCUAGCCAGUCAUCGUCGGGUGAUUCUCCGUCUGAGAAGACAAGCGCUCACCAAAAUAUGAAUGAGUACCCGACAAAUGGAAGCAACGACAUUAUGGGAAUCCAAUCUCCCAUUACCCGACUGCCGUUAGAACAGCUGCCAUGUGUUGACGCGCUUCCGCCGCCAGAGGCCCCCAUUCAAUCAGCCUGCGAUCGGGGCCAGGAGGAAUCUGCGGAGCGAACGAAGCGUUCAGGAUUUGCAUACGAAAAUGCUCAACAAGAUAUACCAUCCAAAGUUCCUCGCAUCGACAGCGGAAAUGUGCACGGCGACUCCCUGAAAGAUCUGCAGCUUGCAGUAGGGCCAAAAUUGCAUGCGCAGAACCCCGAUUUUCCCGUAAUGAGCAAUCAAAAUCAGAUAUCAGAUCCGUAUAUCGAUUCAUCGAGAGAUCUGCCCUCUUUUCUCACGUCAGACGAUCAUAGCGCGGAUGCACCAUAUCGGAGUGGUGCACAAACCCCCUUGAACAUGUGGGAGGGGUUUCUCACCACUCCCUUCGACUGGGACACGGAACUGCAGAAUAUACAGAUAACAGAUCUUCUGUCCCCAUUAUGUAACUCUCCUGACUCGGCGGUGUUGGCUGCGGAUGGCCGGAGGAAAGAUGGAGUCGAUACAGUCUGCCGUGACGAGGAUGCUCUGGUGAUGGGGGUGAAAGCAUACAGAUCGUCUUUCUGGCACCGGGUUCCAAGCCCGACAGCCACUAAUAAUCCCGACGAUUGCCGCUUGAUAUUGACCCCUGAUGUGGUGAAUGGGUCGCCCGAGAUCUUACAGUCGGGCUCCUGGACAGGGAACCUUCGAGUGCUGCAGAAUUCCGACAGAGGUCGCCUUCUGGAUCUAUUGAUCAGCCACUGCGAGAAGAAGGAUGCAGUUCACAUUCUGUCUUCAUUUCCUUCUCUGGACUUUCUUCGCGGCUUAGUCGGGCUGUUUUUCAAGGCGCAGGCAGGACACACACCCAGCUUCAUCCACAGAUCUACAUUUGACCCGGAGACUACCUGCUCGCCUUUACUCGCGGCAGUCAUUGCCUACGGGGCCUGCUCAAGCUACACCCCUGCGGUCCAGCGCCUCGGGUACGCUAUUAUGGAUGUUGUGCUUCUAGCAAUCAUGGCAGAAUGGCAACCGGGCAACACAUUCGCUCGAGACACGCAACUUGUUCAGGGGCUCACGCUUGCUCUAACAGUGUGCCUCUGGAGCGGAGAUAAUUGUAGACUAGAGGCAGCGGAGACAUUCUCGCAAUCUGCUGUGACCGCUGUCCGACGAGCUGGGCUUUUCCGAAACCAACACACCAGUGAGAGCUGCCCCACCGCCCCAGUGGAAUCGGACCAAGGGCAGCAGCUUGAAGACGUCUGGCAGCGGUGGAUCGCCCAAGAGACAGAACGGCGUCUUGCCUAUCAUAUAUUUGUUUUCGAUAGCGAGCUGUCGAUGGUGCAGUUGACGAGUCCGCUGAUCUCGUGCGGCGAGAUGAACGCUGCUUUCCCUGAGAAGGAGGAGCUCUGGCGCUCCCCUUCAGCUACGGAGUGGAAAACGCGAUAUCAUCAGUUCUCGAACUUCCCUUCGUCGUUCAAACGGGACACCAACUUCUCCCUCGCCACGAGCACCCGGUGGACACUGAGCGGCUAUUUCGCCGAGAAUGAGGGCGGACUGCGCGACGAAGAGGGGAUCUUGACUGUAUACGGGCUCUGGCGUUUUACGUUUGCAUGCCGCCAAUCUCAAGAUCUAUUGAGCGGCAGCUACGAGGAUCACCUCGACGUGGGAUGGCUGACAGCCCACACAAAAGCCCUGUCCAAGCAAUUAACGGACCUGGUCAAGCGCGGCUGCCAUCCUGUUGACCCUGUGGCAAAUGUCAGGCUCAAUUUGCUGAAAGAGUUCCUCUGCUUGACCUUGUGUGCGCCGUUAGAGAACCUGCAGAGCUUCACGGGCAAGUCCGGAGUGGAUGUUGGCGCCGAAAUCUUUCCCUCGCUGCAGGAAUGGGUGAUGAGCAGGGGCGCCCGCGAGGCGACAUGGCAUGCAGGCAAAGUGCUUCACGAAGCCUCUCGACUCCCAGGAGUCUUUACGGGAGGAUUCUUUGUCAUUGCUGUCUAUCACGCCGCUAUCACUCUGUUUGCGUACGGGGUUAUUAGGGCCUCUCGUAGCCGACAGGAAGGCAAAGUGACCACGAAACCAACCUGGCCGGCGCCUCCGUUAUUUGAGGGCACUGUUUGGCUCUCCGGAAGCUCGUGGUCAGAGGUAAGGGGCUAUAUUGCGCUGUGUGAGGGCCACCCGGCGGUUGGGCACCCGAGUGGUAAGGGUCGUGGCAGGUAUGCCUACUUGGCAAACGGAUGUGAAAUUAUGAAUUACGCAAUUAAUAUACUGAAGCCUGAGGGAGCUGAGAGCCAAGGGGAAAUCACGCCUUUGAUAGCGAACCUGGCACAGCUGAUGCUGGAGAUUGGGCGUUGCGCUCGGGCUGCGGGCCAUAAUUGA